ACAUACCGGUAUUCAUGUGAUUUUACGAUUACAAUUGUCUGAUGUAUAGUUAUCUCAACUCAUAGUAGGUCAUAUCUCCUCUAUGUAUAUUUAAAUUAUUAAAAUGAUUCACUACACUCGCUGAUUUCUCACAUUUCACACGAUGUUGGUUGGAACGACAUAAGAAAAAAUAUCAAGUUCUAGGGAAGUAUAUCUCGUCUCAGUCCACAACAUGAACCACGAAGAAACAUCCCCUCUGAUGGGGAAAAGAAUCGAGAACAAAUCUCAGAAAGAAGAAAACGGAACAACUGAAACGUCGGGUACGUUUCGUUUUCACGGAACAACACGGAACGUGAUAUUAGCGGCCUUGAACGUGUUCUCCAACGUCACAAUGAAUGUGAGCCUGCCAAUAUUUGCCGGCACAAUGAAUGAGAUCGGUGGAGAUACCUUUGUCUUGUUGCUGAACUCAUGCGUUGUUAUUGGAGUUAUAUUUGUGUUGACAACUCUCUUUGCCAAACGCUUCAUUGACAGUUCCAUCACGUUGAAGUUGGUAUCUUCUCUGAAAAUUGUUUUUGCUUUAGGACUAUUCACGGCGCUUAAUGGCAUACUGGUGGUGUUCGCUAGUCCGCCUGAUCGAACACCUGGAUACUUACAGGGCAUUCUGUCAACCACUGUCAUACCUUACACAAUAUUGUGUCGACUGAUAUUCCUGAGGAAAGGUAUAAGUGCGGUUCGAACACUCUGUACUUGUCUAGUAAUGGCGGGGUUGUUCAUUACUGCCGAGCCUCAGAUAUUUGGCAUUAACACUGAUGAUGACUCGAACACUGCCAAUGAGUCCACGUCUGCAAGAAUACUGUGGCCGCUGUGUUUUGCUUUGGGUUUUUUGCCUAUUGGACUAAUGAAUGUCAUUUGUGAAAAAGAAUUAAAAAGUGGCGAGGCAAAAUCAUUCAACUUUAUCAUGUGGUCCCAAUUUGCCCAAAUCAUAUGUAUGGUGUGUCUUUUUUGGGCAGACUUUAUUCCAGGAUUUGGAAUGGCGGGAUCUUUUUCCGAGUUUUCAGACAGGUACAAAAGGGGAACCACUUGCUUGGUUAGCACUAGCUCUGACUGUAAAGGACUGGUUGGAAAAUCGUGGCUGUUUUUCGGAGGAUACACCUUCGCGAAUCUCUUUCAGUUUCUUCUCAUAGAAUAUGCAGAGGGAGCUGUUUUUGCCGCAGUCGUACAGUCGCUUGUUGGCCCAACGGCAACGAUAUUUUGGACGUUCUUCCAAUUCAACGAAAAGGAGAACGUGUUUAGAUGGCAUCCAGUAUUUAACGAAACAACAGUGUUCACAAUUGUGGGUUUACUACUGAUGGUACCCGGUGUUAUGUUAUACAACUACUUCAGUAACAAGGAAGCCAAAGAAAAAGUGAAGGAAGGUAACUUCCUAUACACAGACCCGAUACUGACUGUUAAUGCUAAAGAUUAGUGGAACUUUACCAAAUGCAAGCUGUAUCAUACUGUCGACGCUGGUUAUAAUCUGAGUCAGUUAUCCUCAGUUAUCCUUAAUUGUUUUUGAUAAGAAACAAGCCAGCAUGACACUCCGGUAUUUUGAGGUGUGAUCAGAUAACCAACUACCCGAUUAUUUCCUUGCUUAAUAUAUUCAUCUUAACAUUUGUUUUGUUGUAUGCGGUAUGAAAUUAAAUAAAUGCUUUGCAAGUACAAUCGGGAAAAUUCUUUAUAAAACCAAAUGGCAGAGUAAGAUAUUUCAAUUGUUGCCGUGAAUAUUGUUUGAAAUUAACAAAAAAAGAAUAUAUAUUUAGUGACAAAAAGAUGACAGGCAUUUUUUAAAGGAUUUAAAAUCAGUAUUUAUAUAGUCACUUUAUUGUUUACAGUUACAUGUUUUCUUUUCAAAGUUUACACGCAUUCAUAUGCAACUUUACUUUCCACCAGUAGCCACGAUAUUGCAUUUAACAUUUACAGUAUGAGUUUCGUAUUGCAGAGGCAGGGUUAAAGUUUUAUGAAAAAGUUUGUUCGUGCAUCUCUAUAGAACAGCUAUUUCAUCAAUUUACUAGAAGUUUUAAUAAAAAUGACUCAAACUGCAAAUAUUUGAGAAGUUAAUGUAAAUAUCUUUUAAUUCAAAAGCUUGUUACCAAUUUUACUGAUAAAUAAAUAUUUUUUUUCUAAUUCAAAGACAAAUUUUUUUUACAAAAUAAUUUGGUUACCUAAUAUGAUAUUAAUCUUCAAUAAAGUCUCAACAUUGACGUAUUUUUCUGAUCAAAGAAACUUAAUUCGUUGAUUAAAACCCGUAAAUUGUUAGCCAAAAUAAAUCUUUGCAAUUCAAAAAUCGUUUUAUUUCUGAAAUCUAAAUCUUUAUCACCAGUUUAUUUAAUUAUCAAUCAACAACAUGAACAUUGUAGCUGUUUCUGUUCAAUUGUUUGAUUUGUUAUGCCUUGAACAUAUUAUAUUGUACAUAAAUACAAUGGGGAUUGAGCACAAGUUCCAAAACUUAGACGACCCUCUCCCAUUACAUAGACAUAAUAGAAUAGAGGUUGAUGUGUACACAAUAUAAAUUUAUAAAGGUAUGUGGAUCAAGUGGUAGUUUACACCCAUGCAAUUAACAUGUACAUUGUAUAUAAAAUCAUCAAUGGUUUACAAACAGUUUUAAUAUCAGUUAAAUCUUUCUGUGUUUUGAUUAUAAUUAUAAACUAGUAUAAUUAUUUCUUUUUACUUUCACUUAUUGCACCGUCACCCCAAAGUAAAACAUGAGUAUUCACAAUGUUUUGAUUUACAAUAUCAAAAAAAUCAUUAAAUAGAACAUAUUUAGCAUCUUUAUAUAUACAAUGUAAUACAUGUGAAAAAAUAAUGGUUGGUGUCUUCAAUCUUCAAUUAUUUUUGUUAGUAAUAGGUACAUGUAUACAGUCCUCCUCGUAUACUGUAGAUUCCUAAUAAAAUAUGAGGAAUUAAUAUCCGCUUAUAAUCGCGAGAAGCACCCUUUUAAAAUCUCGCCAUUAUUUUUUGAGAGUUGAGAGCAAUAAGUAUUAAGGGAAAAAAGUUCAGCGCUCGCGAUUUUACUACGAUUCGUUGAAUACCAAUUUUCGUGGAUUUCGUUGUUAAGUUGAUCCACGAAAUUAAAUGUUCAUUGAAGUUCAAUUUUAACUAACAUUUUGUAUUGAGAGAAUCAUUGGCCACGAAUUGACGUAUCCUUGAAACUGUGGUUUUCAGAAAAUCCACGAAAAUUGGUACCCACGAAAAUUAAUGAAACCACAGUAUAUUCUCGCGAUUUGAAACGUUACAGUGUGAUCGCGGAAUUAAGUACUCGCGUAAUACAAGGAAUUUACAGUAGUAGGUGUUUAUCAAACUUUAUCUACUGAUUGUUUAACCUACUAAAACCUUCACGCUUUUGGUGCAUCGACUGGGUACAAACUCGAGUGCUCUCUUGACAAGAAUGAGGUAAACUUUGUAGAUAACAAUGGAUUCAUGUGUCGAUAGGAAUGAUUAUAUAACUCUGCUCACUUAAAUUCCUUGCAUGUAGUUAAGAUAAAAAAAUGUAUUUAUCACUUCGAUUUCCUAGGGGGUCGUCUCGAAAGUUAACAUUUUUUACUAUGAAUUCGAAAUCCUGUGAGAGUUGUUGAAAACCGGUAAAUUCUCACGUUUCCCCCUGUUUCCUGUAUUUCUGCCGUGGGGAUUUUUUUUUAUCAAAAAAUGAAAACUAAUGUAAAAUGUCACCAACUGGUGAAAUUUAAAUAAAAGCUUACCUCGUUGUUUGUUCCAGGGUUAGUAUUAAAGUUAAUUUUUCCUUUAAAAAUUGGCAUA